CGCUGCACCAUUUUUCAUCGUUGAUCAGUCGUCGAUCCUCUUGAGCGAUUUGAUUUUAGUUGUCAAAUUCGAAAAAUGGAAUCGGUCCUUGUAGUGGCCGUUGCAUCGGUGAUUCUCGGUUCGUUGAUCGCCGUGCUCUUCUUCGGUAGCUACUUCCGGAAGCGGACAUCGGAGGUGCAAUCAAUGGCCAAAGCGGAGCCUCAGGAUCCGAUCCGGAAUCCCAAAUCGAAUCAUCCUGCUCCCAAGAAGAAUCAUCCCAAAUCUCAAGCGUCCGACAAGAACCAGAACAAACGGCACCAUCCGUUAGACUUAAACACGUUGAAAGGCCACGGUGAUGCUGUUACUGGACUCUGUUUCUCAUCCGAUGGAAGGAGCUUGGCCACAGCUUGCGCUGAUGGAGUGAUCAGGGUGUUCAAGCUAGAUGAUGCCUCAAGCAAAAGCUUCAAAUUCUUAAGGAUAAAUCUUCCUGCUGGAGGGCAUCCAACCGCUGUGGCAUUUGCUGACGAUGCCUCAUCUAUUGUUGUGGCUUGUUAUCAUCUGUCUGGUUCAUCUUUGUACAUGUACGGUGAAGAAAAGCAAAAGGAUCAGCAAGGGAAGCUUCCUCUUCCUAGUAUCAAAUGGGACCACCAUCAUAUUCAUGAGAAGAGAGCAGUCCUUACCAUCUCUGGAGCUACUGCAACUUACGGUACUGCUGAUGGAAGUGCUGUCAUUGCCUCUUGUUCUGAAGGGACUGAUAUCAUACUUUGGCAUGGGAAAACUGGGAGGAAUCUGGGACAUGUUGAUACAAACCAGUUGAAGAACCACAUGGCAGCUGUAUCCCCUAAUGGCCGUUUCUUGGCUGCUGCAGCAUUUACUGCAGAUGUGAAGGUGUGGGAAAUUGUGUAUCAGAAAGAUGGUUCUGUGAAGGAGGUUUCAAGAGUAAUGCAACUUAAAGGCCACAAGAGUGCAGUGACUUGGUUAUGCUUUUCUCCAAACUCAGAGAAAAUCAUCACCGCUUCAAAAGAUGGUUCAAUAAGAGUCUGGAACAUCAAUGUCCGCUAUCAUCUUGAUGAGGAUCCAAAGACUUUGAAGGUGUUCCCGAUUCCACUUUGCGACUCAGGAGGCAAUCCGUUGCACUAUGAUCGUCUCAGCUUAUGCCCAGAGGGAAAGAUAUUGGCAGCAAGCCAUGGUUCCACAUUGCAGUGGUUAUGUGCUGAAACUGGAAAUGUCUUGGACACAGUUGAGAAAGCCCACGAAGGGGAUAUCACAUGCAUUUCUUGGGCACCCAAGGCUAUCACAGUUGGGGAGAGACAUGCCAUGGUUUUAGCGACAUCAGGCGAUGACAAGAAAGUGAAGCUGUGGGAAGCUCCAAAAAAGGGUAUUUCAGCUUCUGCGUUGCCUUACAAGAGAUCGUCUCCGAGCUGGCUCAAGACCACCUCUCAGGAUGUUGAUGAAUCAAUCUGCAAAUUUGCCAAAAAGGGUUUGACCCCUUCCCAGAUUGGUGUGAUUCUCCGUGACUCUCACGGUAUCCCUCAGGUCAAGAGUGUUACAGGAAGCAAGAUCCUGAGGAUACUCAAAGCCCAUGGCCUUGCUCCUGAGAUCCCUGAGGAUCUGUACCAUCUUAUUAAGAAGGCUGUUGCCAUCCGUAAACAUCUCGAGAGGAACAGGAAGGACAAGGAUUCCAAGUUCAGGCUCAUCUUGGUUGAGAGCAGGAUUCACCGCCUCGCUCGCUAUUACAAGAAGACCAAGAAGCUCCCUCCCGUCUGGAAGUACGAAUCCACUACCGCUAGCACCCUUGUGGCUUAAGCUGGAGUUGGUUCACCUUUUGGGAGGAGGAAGAUUCUACUAGUCUGUUGCUUCCUUUUUGUUUUGAUAAAAUCUGAACUUUAGU